AUAGUGUUGACAACUCCAACAAUUUGAGUACAUAUAUUAAAAAUAAUAGUUUUUGCAGAAAAGGCUAUCUAAAAAUACAUCAUAAAUCGCUGUGGUAAGCUAAGAGUUAAAUUGGCAGACAUGACGUCAUUGUAUGUGGUGUUCUGGGAAUUCCCUCAACGGGUAUUCCCGGUAAACUGACUAUAAAAAUAUUCGAGAACGAAUUAAUAUUCACUUCUUGUUGUGAUUUGAUGCACUUGAGAAGAUUUGUUUUAAAGCUAAAGAGAAACACGGCUCCCAGAUAUCUUUUACUUUCACAAUGGUCGAAGGAGAGUGGAAAAACGUUAAAAGAAGGGAAAGAUACAUUAGAGAAGAAAUAGAUCCUUUGAAAUUAUUGAGAAUUCUUGAACGAGACACUCUGACGAAGUCAGACUGUGAAAAUAUUCAAACAGCUUGUAAUAAUCACGGUCCGAUUCAUGCAACCGAAAAUGAACUUCUCAGACGAUUGGAAAAGAGGGGUCCUCAGGCAUUCUCGAAAUUCGUGAAGGCUCUUCGCGAAACAGGACAAGAUCACGCUGCUCAACUUUUAGACCCAAAGUGUGAAGUAACUGGUGCAAUCUCAAAUGAAAAGCAAGAUGAGAGAGUCCUUGAAGCAGGAGUGGCUGCAGACAUAAGAGUAAAGAUAUUUCUGUUAAAACCAACUGAGGAACAGGUUAAGGAAUUGGAAACAUUCUGUGACAGAUUUAAAAAAUCUCAUUGUGAUGAGACUGGUGAUCUUCGUCAACAUUUUAAUGGUUUUCUGAGCGAGAAUGUUGAAAAGUUUGUCAAUCUUGUGAAGUCAACGUAUGACAUUAAAAGUCAAUUAAUUUUGAUUUUCCGUUUUUCUGAUGUUGAUGCAGCCAAUACAUUUUGGCAUGAUUUUACCAAUGGAAACUUGAAGUCCAUUAUCAAGGAAAAGCUUCAAAGUUUCCCCUGCCAGAACAACUGUUUCAAAGAUGAGGAUAUACAGUUUGAUAUUGUGGUUGAUGAAGAAGACUUUACAAAAGUUUACAACACUCUUAAGGACCCAAAAGAAUAUGGUGAGAUAUUGGUUGAUGGUAUGGAAAAACAGGAGUUGAAAUUGCGUGAAUACCAGCUUGAGCUUGCAAAACCUGCUCUUGAAGGCAGGAAUUCCAUCAUCUGUGCUCCUACUGGAAGUGGUAAAACAUUUGUUGCAAUGGAGGUGAUCAAGCACAUCACUGCAAAACCGGAUCACAAGUUUGUUGCGUUCAUAGUAAACACAGUAAGCUUGGUUGAGCAACAACAGUCAUACUUGGAACGAUAUCUUCCAUACUCUGUAUCAAUAUCAAGUGCAUGUGGUAGCUAUCAGGACAUUCAUCUUCCAACUAUUUUGAAAGAAAAUAAUGUUGUUGUGAUGACAGCACAGUUGUUAUUGAAUUGUUUGAAGAAGAAGCCUGCAGUUGAUGAAGAAGAUCAUUCUGGAGGAGUCAAAAUAUCUCAGUUUUCUCUUCUUGUGUUUGAUGAAUGUCACCACACAACCAAAGAUCAUCCAUACAAUGAGAUUAUGAGGUGGUACUUGAGACAUAAAUUUGAGGCUGAAUCCCCAAUCCUGCCACAGAUUAUUGGUUUAUCAGCUUCUCUUGGUAUUGGUACUGGCAAUCAUGGAUCAGGUUCUAAGGCUGAAGAACACAUCAUGGGAUUAUUGGCUAAUAUGGAUAUCCAUGAUUUACAAGUAUAUACCGGAGAAUCACAAGACGUCAGUACAAAUAUCACUCCGAUAUCACGUGAUGAAAGCAACGUAUUUCAUAGAACAAUCGAUGAUGUCAUGUGCAAUAUUGAAAAGAUGCUUUCACCAUCUCAAUCUUCAGACAGAUCCACCUACCAGCAUGGUAGUCAGCCCUAUGAAAACUGGGUGGUCAAGUUAUGCAGUGCAGGUUUAGACAGGGAUAAAUUAACCUGCGCUGAACAUCUCAAGUUCUACAAUAAUUCACUGAUGAUGAACAUUGAGUUACGUACCGAAGACGCACUACAAUAUUUGCGUAAAUCUAUCAGCCCAUUAAACCACGAGCAAUCAACAGAGGUCGAGAAAAAACUUGACGAGUUUUUUGUGAACGCAGAGAGAAUCAUCAAAGAAGAUCCCAGUCAUUGUGAACCAAACCCUUUUCUGAAAAAACUCGAGACACGAUUACAAGAAAAGUUUUCAUCUGAUGAUGGUGGGAAAUCAAAAGGAAUUAUAUUCGUGCGAACAAGAGAAUCAGCCACAGCUCUGGUUAAUUGGAUGAAAAAUUCGCAGAUUUUGAAAGAUUUGGUGAAGAAUCCAACUUCAGUUAUUGGAUGUGGUCAGCGGAAUGGAAAAGUUGGAAUGCCUAAAGCCCAACAAGAUAAAGAAAUUAAAAGCUUUCGUGAUGGCGAAUGCAAUGUAAUUGUAGCAACCUCGGUUCUGUUGGAAGGGAUUGAUAUUCCUGAAUGCAAUUUCGCUAUCAACUAUGGCAUGCCGGGUAAUGAAAUUACGUUUAUGCAAGCACGGGGAAGAGUCAGAUCAAACGAUCCUGUUGACUAUCAAUAUGACAUCAUAGUGCCUCGUGACCAGGUCAUGCUCAAACAACGAGACUUGCAAAAAGAAAAAUUGAUGAACGAAACUAUUAAGAAGGUGGAAAAGGAGACAAAGAAGGAAAAUUUCCGGGAGAAGGUUGAAAAACGUCAAAGAGUUUACUACGAAUAUUUGAAAAAUCUUACCAAAGCAUCCAGUAAUGUUAAUUUGGUUCCUGAAGAUGUCAAUUUUCAUUGUGUCAAAUGUGAUAAAUUUGCGUGCAAGGCACGUGACAUUAAAAAGUUCAGCACGGCCUUUAUCGUUCCUAAUUAUGAGAAGAAUCUCCACAAUGCCAUCUUUGAAGAGGACACUCCCAAAAUUAUGUGUGGUGGUCUGAAUCGGAACAGCAAGACAUUUUGCAAGGAUUGCAGGCGGGAUUGGGGUAACCGAGCAAAGAAUGAAUUUGGCGAAUUCCCGUUGAUAAAGAUCGAGUCCUUUCGUGUCAAAAAUUCUUCUAAAUCAGUAGAUCACUGGUGUAAGAAAUGGAAGGACUUUCCUUUCGACCUGGAAACAUUCAAUCCAGAUACAGAUCUGAAUAAUUAGGUAAAUGUAAUUGCCACCAUCCUCCUAUAUGGCUGAGUUCUUACACGCUAGUGGUUUGAUGUUGGUGGCAGUUUUCAACCAAUGAAAUAUACUGGACAAUCACAAGAAUUUCUGAACUCUAAAGAAUGGGCGAAACUAGUUCAUAUGAGUCCUAAAUAUUGUGAAAACAAUAUUGUACCAGGACUCCAAUUAACGAAGGAACAAUUUUAUUAAAUCUUGGAGAAACUGUGAAAGUUUUUCCUCAGUUUUAAUUGAUUUAAUAAACAAAAUCGGGCUUUAAUUAAUAAAAGUUCA